GCAGAAGAGUGACGAAGACGAGUUGUGUGGCCUCUUGGUGUCUCUCUUCCUCACUCAGCUGUGUUUAUUGAUUCAAUUUAAAUGACCUUGCGCCAAGAGUGUCGUCACAGAUCCAAGUGAAAAAAUGUAGCAUUUUCAAUUGAUCCGUCAGUGAAAUGCUCUCGGUGGACUCGGAGAGUUGCUUCGCCGGGAGUUUAUCACCUUAUCUCUCAGUGUCAACAGCCCACUUUCUUGUGAGCCCAGAGAUUCAGACUCGGCGAUUAGAGGGAAGCAAAUAAAGCGACCGGUUGUUCGGUGACUGAGCAAGAAAAAGUGUGUGUGCGUGAGGGAAGUGAGAGAGAUAAAUAACAAAAGUGGUGAGGAAAAAUGCUGAGUGUCAGUAGAAUUGUGCGGUUCGUGGUGAAACCAGGUACAAUUCCUGCGCUGCAACACUCGCGAACGAUGAGCCUCUUGCUGAACAAAGGAUUGAUCAAUGGGGAGUGGGUGGAGGCGCUGAACAAGAAGAAGUUCGACGUCUUCAAUCCCGCCAGUGGCGAAAAGGUGGGAUCCGUGCCCGAUAUGGGCGUGGAGGACACCAAUUCGGCCAUCCAAGCGGCCUACGAUCGCUUCCAGUCCGCCGAGUGGCAGAAUCUGACCGCCAAGGAGCGUUCAGGACUGCUGAAGAAAUGGUAUCAAUUGCUCAACGAGAAUGCCGAGAAAAUCGCCCAGAUUAUGACCUCAGAAUCCGGGAAGCCUCUCAUUGAAGCUCGCGGCGAGAGUGUCUAUGGAAACUCCUUUGUGGAGUGGUUUGCCGAGGAAACGCGUCGCAUCUACGGAGAGAUUAUUCCUCCGCCCUUUCCCAAUCGCCAGAUGAUGCUGACCAAGCAACCAAUCGGCGUGGCAGCUCUUAUAACGCCCUGGAACUUCCCUCAUGCCAUGAUCACGCGCAAAGCCGCGGCGGCUCUGGCGGCUGGGUGUACUGUGGUGAUUAAGCCAGCCGAAGACACGCCGUUGACGGCUCUGGCCAUUGCCAAGCUGGCUGAGGACGCAGGAUUCCCGAAGGGAGCGAUCAAUGUGGUCACGUGCAGUCGACAGAAUGCCGCUGCCGUUGGCGAAGUGCUCUGCAAGAGCCAAAACGUCGCUGGAGUGUCCUUUACGGGCUCCACGGCCGUCGGGAAGAUCCUGUACAGUCACUGUGCGCAGGGAAUCAAGCGCCUGGGCCUGGAAUUGGGCGGAAAUGCGCCCUUCAUUGUCUUCAACUCGGCGAGUGUGGACAAAGCUGUGGCCGGAGCGAUGGGCUGCAAGUUCAGGAACUGCGGACAGACGUGCAUCUCGGCCAACAGAUUCCUCAUUCAGGAGGACAUUUAUCCAGCCUUUGUGGACAAGCUACGCGCGGUGGUGGAGAAACUCGUCGUUGGAGAUGGCAAGAAGGAUGGCGUUAACUUGGGACCGCUCAUCAAUGAGGCGCAAUUCAAGAAGGUGUCAGAAAUUGUGGAGGACGCGAAGAGCAAGGGAGCCACAAUUCUGGUUGGUGGCAGAGCCAAGAGUGACCUGGGAAAGCUCUUCUACGAGCCGACAAUAGUCAGCGACGUGACGCCCAACAUGAGAAUGUACAAUGAGGAGAUCUUCGGGCCAGUUGUCUCGCUGAUCAAGUUCAAGACGGAGGAAGAGGCUCUGACUGUGGCCAAUAACACAAACAGUGGCUUGGCUGGAUACUUCUUCAGUGAGGAUGUGAGCCAGAUUUUCCGCGUGGCCAGGAAAAUCGAGACUGGAAUGGUGGGCAUCAAUGAGAGCGCGAUUUCCUGCACCGAAGCGGCAUUUGGCGGCGUGAAGGAGUCUGGCCUGGGACGCGAGGGCUCACGGCAUGGCAUUGAUGAGUUUGUCUACACGAAGUAUCUGUGCCUGGGCGGUCUGAAUUAAUUCAGCAGCAACACUUUGCCUGAUUAAGUCUUCCAAACAUGGUUAUAUCAGCACUGUUCUUAGAGGCACAAUAAAUUACUCUCCAAGAUAUUA